AUGGACCAGUCGGGGAGCGGGGCAUCACAUUCGUCCUGCUCGCCUGACAAGACGCGCGCGCCAUUGGCGCGUCGGCGUGGGGGGCCCACCGGCAGUAAUGCUGGAAGCGAUCCCCGGUGGGUUCCCGAUAUCGCGCGGCCAAGGCCAUCCGAGGUGGGUUUAGUGGGUAGUACGGGUAUUGCACGCGGUCGGGAAGGAUUAGCCUUCCCGAUCGUAAACCCUUGUGUAAUGGAAAAUUGUAAAAAUAUAUUCGGACAAAUGCUUGGGCUUAGUUUCUUCAGAUUUCUACGCGAUUCAGAAAGGGCUCAAUUAUGGUUAAGAAAUUGUGGACGUACUAUUGACAAGUCAACAGAAAAUUUAUAUAAGAAUUAUCGUGUUUGUGGAGAUCAUUUUGAAGAUACUAUGUUUUUAAACAAUUUAAAAAAUCGUCUACAGCCACAUGCAAUUCCAACAGCAACAAAUGCUAAUGCAAAUAUUUCUAAUAAUAAGAUUACAUUUUCAAAUAGUAAAGGUAAAUCUUUUAUUUUAAUUUAACAUUUUUCAAAAUCCUUUAAUUAAUAUUCAAAACUCUAUUCUUUAAUAGAUAAAAAUCUAACUAAUCCAGUUAUAAAUGAAAAAAUUAUAAACGAAGUAAAUCAAGAGAUAUAUGAAUGUAACCAGUCAGAUGAUAAACUAGAUGAUAAGUCAGACAAGGAAACACAAACACAUAAUAAAUUAACAAGCAGUUCAUCACGGAAACAAAUAUUAAAAAAAAAAUUGUUUACUUACGGCAGCGGUUAUGAAGAUUACAACGACAAUU